AUGCGUCUUAUGCCAUUGGCCCUCGGGGCCUUGUAUACUUCUUUAGUAUCCGCUCAUACUAUAGAUAAAGCUAUCAAGAUACAGGCAUCCUCGAAAGCAUCAUCGGGAGUUUCACAACCUGUUCAACAUGACUUUGUUUCGCUUUCCUUGCCGAUUCAUUUCUUCGCUGAUUAUGCGGGAAAUAAGAGCACCCCGAACACAUUCUCUCGGGAUAUAGUCGAACUCCUCCACCACAAGACUGGUGCUUAUCCUCACAUCCGCGUUGGCGGUACAUCUGCGGAUCGAGCAAUCUAUAACGCGUCUCAGACCGAAUCAAUCAUUCUAUCCACCGAAUAUUCCAAUGGCAUUCCUCUUGAAGUCUACGUCGGCCCGACCUUCUUCGAGGGAUUUGAAAGCUUCCCCGGCGUUCCCUGGACAUUCCAAGUCAACCUCGCCAACAACAAGAGCGGUGCGUUAGACAAUGCACUUGCCGAGGCACGAGUCGCUUUGAAUCAUAUCAAGGGUAACCUGGUUGCUUUCGAAGUUGGCAAUGAACCUGAUCUCUAUCCUGGUGAUGUCCGACCAUUGAAUUAUUCAACGGCAGAUUAUGUUCGCGAGUGGACGGGUUUCGCCGAUGCUAUCUCUAAUCGCGUUUUGAGGGGUAAUCGUUAUGGACUGGACUAUUGGAAGAUUUUUCAGGCUUUGACUUUUGUGUCUAAGGGUGAUUCGUUCUCGACAGCCAAGGCAUUCCAUGAUGGAAUUAAUUCAUUCAUGAACCACAAUGCUGUUGUCGGAAACCUCACUCAAUACACCACAGACAUGGAAGUAGUCCAUGCUGCCGAUCCCAACAUUACAUUUCUCUUGGGUGAAACAAACAGCGACUACGUUAAUUUAAAUAUGGCUCAAGUUGAGGGCGUUUUUGGAAGCUCACUCUGGCUGGUUGAUUACCUUCUCUAUGGAAUGAGCAUGAGUAUCAGCCGCUUCAACUUGAUUCAGGGUACUAAUUUCGGUUAUACCUGUUGGGUCCCGAUUGAGUAUAACGGACAGAAACCUGGUGUUCGACCACCGCUAUAUGGUCAACUUGUUGCAGCAGAUGUGAUUGGACGACACCCUAAUGUCCAGGUACAAGCAUUGAAUCUAAAUAGAUGGGACUUGUCCGCGUAUGCUAUUUAUGAGUCUGGUGUUCUGGUGAGAUACGUCGUUAUCAACUUGGACGAGUGGAACACAACAACUUCGUAUGCGCGUCCUACUCAAAAGCUUGCUCUGGAUGUCCCGAAGCAUGUUAGUACUGCUGAGGUGAAGCGUUUGACUGGGCCUGGAGCCAGUUCUAUCAACGAUAUUACUUGGGGUGGGCAUAGCUGGAAUUACACGUCUAAUGGCAGACUUGGACAGUUCGGCGAGCAUGAGACUGAGGUUGUUCAUCCUCGUGGUGGAUAUGUACAUUUAAAUUUGUUCUCUACUGAGGCCGUAGUGAUUGAGCUUCGUCGGUAG